AUGCAAUACUCAACUUUAUUGGUCAUCGCUUCAGCAUUAGUCGCAUCUGCAUACGGUCAAACCACCUCAACUUCAUUGCAAACUGUCACCGACCACCAAUCAACUGAAGUUACCAUCACUUCAUGUUCUAAUAAUGCUUGUGUCACUACUUCCAACUCAUUGGUUGCAUCAGUUGCUACCACUACUGUUGAAGGUGUUGAAACUGUUUACACCACUUACUGUCCAUUGUCAAGUGAAGAAGCUGCUGCUUCAUCUGCUCCAGCUACUCAACCAACUACUGCUGCUGCUGAAUCAUCUGCUGCCCCAGCUCAAUCAUCUCAAACUGUUGUCACUACAACUGUUCAAGGUGUUGAAACUAUCUACACUACUUACUGUCCAUUGUCAAGUGAAGAAGCUGCUGCUUCAUCUGCUCCAGCUGCUGCUGCUUCAUCCGCUCCAGCUGCUGCUGCUUCAUCUGCUCCAGCUGCCGCUGCUUCAUCAUCCCCAGCCGCUGCUGCUUCCAAUCCAAGCACUCUUGCCGGUGAAGCCACCACCGCAGCAUCUGAAUCAGACCAAUACGUUGAUGUCACCGAAACCCCAACUGUUUCCUCCACUACGAACGUUGAAGCUACUGAAUCGGCUCAAUCAACCUUGUUCACUUCAUCAGCCUCCGCUAGUGGAAACUCGACUGAAGCUGGUGUAUCUACAUAUGAAGCUGGUGCUCAAAGAGUAGCUGUUGGUUUCGCUGCUGUCGCUGGUUUGGCAGCUGCUUUGGUAUAA